AUGAUACAUUUAAUAGUUAAAAUCCAUAAUAAUAGAUAGCAUUUUUAAUAAUUUUUUGCAACUAACAAAAACCUAAUUACAUUAAAAAAUAACUAUUUAUAGAGAUAUAAAAAAUAAGCAAUUAUGAAAGAUGGUUAGGUGAUUUAAAAUAAAAAGCAAAUAAAAAUGUAUUUUGGAAAAGAAUAGAUAUUUGAUUUGAAAUAGUAAAAUAUCACGAUUGUGCAAUAUAAAAUAAAUUAAUAAAUGAGGAAAAAUAAUUGUAACACAAAAUUAAAACAAACCUAACAAUCAAUUUUCUUUUAUUUAAAACAUUAGGAUUAAGUAACUAUAGAUGGAUAUUAGACUCUUUAGCUUUGA